GGCUCAAAGGGGGGCUUCGAACAGCAAAUCCGCCCCCCUCCCGCUGGGCCGCGGGCGGCUCGGCUGCGAGUCUACCAGGGCCAGCUGCCGCCAGGCGCCUCCUGCGGCAGCGGCGCUGCCGCGUCCGAGGCCGCGCGAGUCGCCGUGUCUCUCCGCCAGACUUGCAGCUUGCGGCCGACGAGCCGCGCCAGUGGAGCCGCCAGCGGCGCCAAUGGGCGCCGCCCGCUCGCUCUGCGACUGGCAGCCUGUCGAAGAUGAGCUCGCAGCGGGUAUGUCGGCGGGCCUGGGCGGCCGACUUUCCAGCAGCUGGUGUACAUUGACAGGGAUUUCGUUCAGAGCGCGAAGGAGGCAGCCGCCAGCUCGAGGUCCACGGUGGUGGGCUCGGGCGUGAGCGAAGAAAGCACCAGGUUCAGCACCAAGGCCAUGCUCGUGCUUCAGACAGCCAGCGCCCAAAGCAAGCUACCGUCCCAGCUGGACAGGUCAAAGGUGAGGAAGUUCCAGUCGUCCAUCGAGCAACAGGGCCUCGACGUCUCGAGGUGGGGCGACCAAGGCUCGAAGGCCUUGGACCAGCUCUACUGGGAGACCAUGGAGCAGAGGGGCUGCCAUUUUGUCAAGGGCAGCGACGGCCGACUGGAGAGGGUGGUUCGUUUGGUGAAGGUAAAGCUGGUGGCCGAUAUAUUCGGGGUCGAGCACACGCUGUACUCGCGCAUGCAGUUCAUGCACGACGGUCAGCAGGUGGAGCGCAAGCAGGUGCUGCUGAGAAAGCUCAGGUGGCGCAUUCAUCCUGACGACGACACGCUCAGCGCGGGGGACAUUAAGGGCGAGGAGUGCCAGCACACGGAGGAUUGGCGGGAAGGGGCCAGGACGGCGCUGGAGGAGCGUCUCGGGUUGAGCCAGGCGUGGCAGCAGAGUUGUUUGGUGGAGGACGUUCAUGCACACACAUUCCACAGAGAGGAGAACGUCAAGAGUGACGGCUAUCCUGGACUCAACACUUCCUAUUGCAUCCAUUGGAUCGCGUUGCGGGUCGUUGACCCUUGCUCGCAGGCGGUGUCCUGCAUCGGCCUGCCCAACGGGCUGGAGUUCGCCUCGUGCGACAACGACUUCUGCUUCGGCACACAGGGUAUGGACGACCUCGGCCUCCCCAUCGGCUCGCAGCUCAACAUCUGGACUUGGGAGCGAGAGAAGAAGGACGUGACGACGAGCGUGGCUCGCCCGCUGCCGAAGCGCAGUCCCACGUCGGGCGUUCCCGAGGCGCAUCUUACAGAGGUCGCGAGGUUCGUCAAGCGGGUGCCGUUGCCGGCGGUGUCCGCGCAGGCCCUGUCCGACCUGCAGCGCAAGCUCUCGAGCAGUUUGAAGUUCAUGCCGCCCAGCUCGUCGUUGUGCUCGGCGAUGGAGGGCAAGGAGACGGACUGGGCGAAAGCGAAGAAGAUCGCCCAAAGCUUGCUGGACAGGAAGUACACGCUGGCGAAGUUUAGCGAGGAUCUGGCGGCGUUCCCUGAGCUGCACCUGUACCUCCUUGACCACGCCAAGCAGCCGACCGAUGAUGACGCGCACGAGGCCGCUGGGAUGGCCAUGAUGAGCUCUGGCCGGACCAUCGGCGAUGAGUAUCAGCGCACCAUCGGCACUUUUUAUGCAAUAUUCUGGCUGCUGCGGCUGCACAUGGAUGGCAAGGAGGGAUUCUGCUUCGGCGUGGACGAGGACUGGGUACCGCACAGCAGCAAGGCCGUGAACGACGUAUACCUCGCGGACAAGCGUCUACUGUUUUUCCAGAAGGGCAACUGGAGCUACUUCGGGCAGCUUAUGCGCGAUGCUAAGCUGAUAUCAGAGGACGGGUGGGGGAGGGCCAAGGUGAACGAGAAGCGCGUUGUCUCCCUACUGGCCCUCACGGCCAUCCACGACAUCAUGAAGAUGGACAUAAUACUCCCUCAGGUCCAGCAACAGCAUUCACCCUUCCGCGGGUACACUGUCGGGGACACGAUCGGGGACCAUGACCACGCUCUGAGCUACAUCAUGGCGUACUACCCGCACCUCUUGCCGUCCUUCAGGGGCUUAGGCGAGGACGAGCGCCGCGCUGUAGAGUUCACGCAGUGCAGGUUACAGUUCAACCACGGGUGGUUCGUCCAGGGCGAGGCGCCCCCAGGGGCAGUUUUUACCUGCUUCAAGGAGGUGCUGAAGGCAGAAAGUGUGCACGGCCGAAUCAAGAAGGAAGAUUUGGCUUUGUACUUCGUGCACUGGCUCACAGACCUCGCAGGGGCCGAGCCAACGCCACUCGGCGGGUGCGAGAAAUUCGUGAUCAAAUUUCCGAUGGUGGUGCUUAAUAGCUUCCUGCGCUCCUUCGAAUUCGUGGAACGGAUCGUGGACGAGACUGAGACGCAAGUAAUGGAGGAGUACCUCAAGAUGAGGUGGUGCGAGAGUGUGCCCUCGCCAGGGGAGUUGCCGACCGGAGACGGCGCGGUUGCCAAGAUGCGCCUUCUCUGCAUGGCGCAGAUGAACGCGGGGCUCGUGCUGAGGGCUGUGGACGAGGUCUGCACGGAGGACCGAGAGGUGCUCUACGCCGAGAUGGCCCUCACAGGUUGUGCUGGUCAGCUUUACUCAGCUGGCAUAUGCCCCAAGGAGGUGCGCGAAAGGCCAUACGGCCCGGCAUUCCUGAUCUACUACGGGCCCGCGUUCCUACAAAACAUGGGCAACGACAGUCCUGCUGCGAAGAUCAGGAUGUUGGCCGAGAUAUACCGGCUCGCGCGCAUCAUUUGGCCAGCCCAGGCAGAGAAGGUAGCGCAGUACGUCACAAUCCGGAUAGAUUGCAUCAAGGAGAUCAGCGUCGCCGACAUACGCAAGGCGACGCUCAGCGGCGACAAAUGGGUGAUAGUCAAGCGCAACGAGACCGAGGCAUUCGUGGAGCGAUCCUCUCAGCGGAGACUGAAUAAGAUGAUCAGGGCGAGGCAGCAGAUGCAGAUCCUUGAGGUCAGCAAGUUCGACGCAGAUCCUAGCUGAAAGCAGCGGCCGCGGCUCAGCAAUGACGGGUUGCGUGCGCGCAUUUGCAUUUGUCCGACACCAGCAUUUCUGUCAUGUAUGAAUGCGGGCAUGGAGGUUUAACCGAAUAUGUUUUGGCAAAGGCCACAUUUUGUUUCUGUCAUCAAUAGUUUCAGAAAGUGGGAGGGGA